AUCACCUUGAGAGUAAACAUGAUAUGCUUCUUGGGAUGCUGUUUGAACGGGGAACCUACAAGAAACUUUACAGUUAUAGUCAUCUUAUAAAUGGGUUUGCUGUUCAUAUUUCCCCUGAACAGGCAGAAACCCUUAGACGUGCUCCUGGAGUGAAAUCUGUAGAGAGAGACUGGAAAGUGAAGAGACUUACAAUACAUACGCCACAAUUUUUGGGGCUUCCAACAGAGGUAUGGCCAACAGGAGGUGGCUUUGACAGGGCCGGAGAAGAUAUUGUGAUUGGAUUUGUAGACUCUGGAAUCUAUCCACACCAUCCAAGCUUUGCCAGUCGCAACACCGAACCAUAUGGACCAGUUCCAAGAUACCGAGGAAAAUGUGAAAUUGAUCCAGAUACAAAGAAGGACUUCUGCAAUGGGAAGAUUAUUGGAGCACAACAUUUUGCUCAAGCUGCGAUAGCUGCUGGGGCAUUUAAUCCGUCUAUUGACUUUGCUUCUCCCUUAGAUGGGGAUGGACAUGGAAGUCAUACAGCUGCUAUUGCAGCUGGAAAUAAUGGAAUUCCUGUGAGGAUGAAUGGGUAUGAAUUCGGGAAAGCAAGUGGAAUGGCUCCCCGUGCAAGGAUUGCUGUGUACAAGGCACUGUAUAGGCUUUUUGGAGGCUAUGUUGCUGAUGAGUUGCUGCAAUUGAUCAG